GCUGGGCAGAGUCGUAUAAAUCGAACACAUCUCUUUCUCAGGACAGCUACAGUAACGUCAAAGGUUUGUUGAUGCACGUGACCGCAUAAAAGUCCUGCAACGCAAAAAGUUGAAUAUAAUUAGGAUCGAAAUGGCAGCUCCAGAUGCUUUCAAAGUUAACUCUCUGAAGGACAAAGUGACUCUAAUCACAGGUGCAAGUUCAGGAAUAGGAGCUGGCACAGCAGUACUGUUCGCUAAACUCGGUGCCCGGCUCGCCCUCAAUGGACGGGACGUCGAAAAUCUCACCAAAGUUGCGAAAGAAUGCGAAGACUGUGGCGCAAUAAAACCUUUACUAGUACCUGGAGAUUUAACUAAUGAGGAUACAGUGAGGAGGACAGUUGAAGAGAUCAUUGCGCAUUUUGGAAAGCUGGAUGUCCUCGUCAACAGCGCAGGGAUCCUUGCUAUGGGCAGCAUAGAGACUACUGAUUUGGCCCAGUAUGAUACAGUCAUGGCUGUGAAUGUCAGAUCCGUUUAUCAUUUAACUCAUCUUUGUGUGCCACAUCUUAUCAAAACUAAAGGCUCCAUUGUGAAUGUGUCUAGUGUGAAUGGACAACGAUCAUUUCCUGGUGUACUUGCUUAUUGUAUGUCCAAAUCAGCCAUUGACCAAUUCACAAGCUGUGUUGCUCUUGAGCUGGCACCAAAGCAAGUACGUGUCAACUCAGUAUGUCCGGGGGUUAUUGUAACAGAAGUGCACAAGCGUGCGGGACUGGAUGAAGAGCAAUAUGCUCAGUUCCUUGAGAAGUGCAAACUGACCCAUGCUCUCGGUAGACCGGGUGAAGUAGAGGAAGUUGCUCAUGCCAUUGCAUUUUUGGCAUCUGAUGCUGCAACCUUUAUAACAGGUGUCAACCUUCCAGUGGACGGAGGUCGACAUGCUAUGUGUCCACGACGCAGUUGUGAGAGUUCUUCCUCCAGCUGUGCGAGCAUUCCCUGAAGUCGCUCGAUAUCGGUGGCAUACUUAUGAUUCGUCUCUCCAAGGUUCCCCUCGAGAACACUGACCUGAG